CGUAAAGACAAACCGCACAAAAGCUAGAUUGCCAAAAAAAUGCCUCCCAAGACAGGGCCUCGCCCUAGAAGAGGACCUAGGGUUACCGCCCGGAAAAGCGUCCCUCCUUCCAACCCCGCUCCAGAUGAUUCCGUACAUCCUCCGGCCCCGACCGCCGCCACUGCCGCCACCUCCGCCACUACCAUUUCUACCACCGCGCCUGCUUCUGAAAGUGAAACCACCGUCCCUUCUUUAUCCUCCCCGGUUGAAGCCAAUUCCGUUGAAACUCCAACAGCUCCAGAAGCCGCUCCUCAAUCUGGAACUGGAACUGAAAACGAAAAUGAAACGACAAUUGUGCCUCAAUUGGUGGAGCCUUCGCCUGAAGUCAAUGAAGAAAGUGAUGCUCCUCCAUUGACCUCUCCUCCGCCGGCCAAGAAGACGGUCAGGGUUGUGAAAAAGAAGGUGGUCAGAAAAAUGGUUACCAGAAGAGUGGAAAAGGGUUUGGUUGGGUCUUCCACUACACAGUCGGAGGCAAAACCUAGUCCUAAUUCUGAUCCUGCCGUAUCUGCUGCAAUGGAGGGGGUGGUUGUUUCGGGUUUGGCUGAGGAAGUUGAAAACCCUAAACCUCCCUUGGACGGGGUGGUGAUUUCGGGCUUGGAUCAUGAAAUUGAAAAGCCUAGCCCUCCCAUUUCUGUUACAAUGGAGGGAGUCACUGUUUUGGGUUCGGCAGAUGAAGUUGAAAAACCUAACCCUAACCCAAAGAUUCUGUCUGAAGCUGCGGCUGUGAUUCCGACAGAAGGUCUUGUAUCGACUUUGGUAGAGGAUACCAUUGAAAACCCCCGUAUUUCUGCUAUGGAAGAUGUAAAUGUGGAUUCAAUUAAAGAUCAGAAGGGCGAAUCAGAGAAUGAAAAUAUGAAUCCCCAGGGCGAAAUGAAGGAAGAGGUGGAGAAUUGUGAUGGAGGUGGUACCAAGGAAGUGGCUGAGGUGGAGGAUAGCAUGGCAGUCCUGAGCGAGGAAAUGGAGGCAUUAGAGAGGCAGAAGAGGAGGAAAACUGAGAUCUUUAUUGGUGGGUUGGACAAGAGCGCCAAGGAGGAAGACAUUAGGAAAGUUUUUGAGGAAGUGGGUGAGGUUUUAGAAGUGAGGCUGAUGAUGAACAGUAAGACGGGGAAGAACAAGGGGUAUGCAUUUCUGCGGUUUGCUUUAGCAUCUGAUGCUAAAAAGGCUCUGGCAAAAUACCCAAAAAUUGAGAUUUGCGGAAAGCAGUGUGGAACAGCACCUGUUGAGGGCAACGACACGAUAUUUCUCGGUAAUAUUGACAAAAACUGGAAGAAUGAAGAUGUUGUUAAACUGUUGCAGGAGAUUGGAAUAGAUAAAAUUGAUAAAGUUACCGUUAUGGUUGAUCCUAGCAAUAUUGAACGUAACCGUGGUUUUGCAUUUCUAGAACUUGAAACUAACAAAGAUGCUCAAUUAGCAUACAAGAAACUUCAAAAGAAGGACAUCUUUGGGAAGCACCAGAACAUUAAAGUUGCUUGGGCCGAACCCUUGAAUGAGCCAGAUGAAGACGAGAUGCUGAAGGUGAAAACAGUUUAUGCAGAAUACAUACCUUCUUCGUGGGAGGAAGAGAAAGUGCGUGAUUGUUUCAAAAAGUUUGGGGAGAUCGAAAGUGUUGUUCUUGCUCGAAAUCUACGCUCAUCUAAGAGGAAAGACUUCGCAUUUGUUAAGUAUACAACCCGUGAGGCUGCUCUAGAGUGCAUUGAGUCGUUUAAUCGGGAGCCAUUGCAUGAUGCGGAGUGCAAGGUUAAGGUGAAGGUAUCUCUUGCAAAACCCAUACCAAAGGGCAAGCAAAUCAAGCGAGUCUCAGAUCCUCUUAGCAAGGACAUCUCCAAUCAGAAGCCAAAGGCAACUAAACGUGAUAUAAAGCCGAAUAACCCCAGAAACAAGGGAAAAUCUGUAGGAAAUACUUAUGAAGAAAAAAAUGUUGUAGGACGGUCUUCUACAAAUGCUGAACUUGUACAGCUCUUGAGGGAGCAGGCUUCAUGGAGGCAGCCACAAAGAGGAUUAGGUGGAGCAUCUGUUAAUCUGGAGUAUCCUUACUCUCUACCUGGAAGCAAGCGUCCGUAUGCUGCAUUGGGAGAUGAUCCACUUUAUUCAGACCCGAGAGUGCGUCCUCGCACACACUUAGAAAGUUCUUUUCCAGUUGCAAGCCCAGGUUACACUGCAAUUUCCCAAGGUGCUGGUAUGACAUCUCUUUCCUAUCAUGAGCGUCAAGGUGCUCGUUAUACAUCAGGAUAUGCAUACUUGGAUCUUCCAACUGGUUUCCAGAGAGAAGGAGCUUCUUACCAUGGGAGCAACGGUCUAUAUGGUCGAUAUUGAUGGGGAGUGAUGUGGUGAGAAAUUGAGAAGGAGAUGCCAAACAUCUUUUCCAACUAAAUCAAUAAGCAUUUUACUUUUUGUAAUCUAGUAACUUGGUAAGACGAUGAUGAUGGUCUGAUGGUAGAUGGAUGUAACAGGAGGUAAUGGUGGUGUACAGGGUGGUGUCUUUGGCUUUGGCUUUUGUAAAUCCUGAUGAGCUCUUUCAUAUAUUUUAUUGAAUUAUUUUAGGAAUAACUUCGUCGACUCUGAUUUAUUAAAAUGAAUUUUCAUUUUACACCUCCACCAA